AUGUUUCAGAAGGUGCUCCUGCUUGGGGGGCUCAUCAUGCUGGGCACACAUGUCUGGACCAUUCAUAAAGAAUUUGUAGACAUCAGUAAGAACCUAGAUUAUUUUGUGGCAUCGGUGCAGUUUGCCGUGGCUCGGUUCAAUGACGACAAUAUGGAAGAGUACACAUACACGUUGCUGGAGGUUGGGCGAGCCCAGCAAAAGACGUGGACAAUGAUAUAUUUAAUGGACUUGGAAUUGGGCCCCACAACUUGUAAAAAACAUGACGAAGACAUUGACAAUUGCCCAUUGCAAGACUGCGCAGGAGAGAAAACGGUUCGCUGCACUUUUGUGGUGGAUGCCCGACCUUGGUUUUCCGAGUUCAACUUCCUGAACAGCACCUGUGUGCAGAAAACGUGGUGA